CAUUUAUGUUUUCAUGACAUAUUCAUACCGAGUAAACAAUAUGGCGGGUUGUGGGCCGCAUGAAUACGUUAUUCCUCGCAAUUUCCGUCUCUUGGAUGAGUUGGAAGCAGGGCAGAAAGGGGGUGGUGAUGGCACACUCAGCUGGGGCCUUCAAAAUGAUGAUGACAUGUCACUGUCAGAAUGGACUGGAUCUAUCAUUGGCCCACCAAAGACUGUGUACGAAGGUCGUAUAUAUCAGCUGAAAAUGCACUGUGGGGAUAAGUAUCCAUCUGUACCACCAACUGUGCAGUUCCAUACACGGAUAAACUUAUCAUGUGUCAACAAAGACACCGGUGUGGUUGAUCCGAAGAAACUGCCGUGUUUUCGACAAUGGAACGCAAACAUGACCCUUCAAAGUGUGUUAGCUGCUGUGCGAGAUUCAAUGCUAUUAAAGGAGAAUUUGAAGUGUCCUCAACCACCUGAGGGUUCAACCUAUUUCUGAUGUACAUUCUUACUUAAGUAUGUGAGAAAAAGUGGGGAAGGGAAUCAGGUACCCUCUCUGCAUCUCUUGGUAAAAUCUGUACAUUAUGCUUGCUAAAAACUCACUGAUAGCUCUGCUUUAUGGGCAGGCUUGAGAGCAAAGUCUGCUUACAUCUCUAUGAUCUAGUCCACAACAUUUUGUCAUUCACUGUCCUUGCAGUUUCCAAUUUUUGGUGUCAAAUUUAAUCAAACAGCUCUGAUGACAACUGUAUAUUGAGAGACAAAGCACUAUCAAAUGAAUGAAUUCAUGACCAUUGCUCUCAGUACUGUCUGUGGCAAAAUGUCUAUGUGGGCUAUGAAAAAAACACCAGACUGUUGAAGAUGGCUAUGUUGACACAUUCUUUUCAUUGAUAACUAUAGCCUGAUCGAAAUGGUGCUUACUUUCAGUCCAGCCUAGGUGGUCUUUUGAAAUACGUAUAAAUAUGGUGCUCUGUGUUUCAUGUGACUAUUGAACAGUCAUGCCUCACAGAUAAAACUGAUUGCAAUAUACACAAAAACAGACAUUAAAAUGAUGUAAUUCUAGAUGAUUUUUUUUGGAUGAGGGCGGGCAGGGUGUAUUAAUGUUCACACAUAUUUUACUUGUUCUAACAGUACUUUUUUAACUUUUAAAAAAUGUUUUGAAAUAGUGAAAUACAAAUUAUGUUCUGUCUUGAAAUUAGCACUCCUGUCAGCAGAUUAUGACAAGACCUGUUUGAAGCGUUUUCUUUUUCAAUAGCACAUUUUUAACAAUGGUCUUUUGUUGUAAAUAAUUGGUUUAGUAUCUUGUGCUGUUUAAGAGCAGAUCUUUGUAAGCUUUAAUACAAAUCGGCAUUUUUUUCUCUCUCUCUUUUUUUUUUUUUCCAUCUCUUUAGUCUACUGGUUUGUCUAUGUUCAAGGUUAUGAUUUUUAUGCUUCUUACUAUAGAAAUAGCAAGUAAGCAGUGGGAGUGUUCAUCUUUAUUUAGAGUUUUGUGUGGCAUUUUCAAGCAAAAGCAGCACAGUUGUUACACCAUAAGUAGUUUACAGACACUCGCAAGGACUUUUGAGGAAAUUGGUCUUGUUUUGUAGAAGUGCAUCAGUGUUUUCAGCAUACAACUUGAUUAUCUUUGAACUUUGGCAAAUAUGCAAAGCGGUAGAAAAUAAGAAUGAACUUGUCUAAAGUUUCAUGCUGUAUGGCUUGCAUCCUUUUUCAUGCCACUGCAGGGUUAGAUUGUCGACUUCAGACCAUCUGGUGUUUGGAAGUAAUCAGAACCACAUUCUCUGUUGUUCAUAUAUUUAGGAUGAAACCUUUGGACUAAAGAUGCUUAUUUCAUAUUUUAUUAGGCUUUUUUGUAAAUUUUUCUUUUUGCAGCCUCAGAUGGUAAGUUGGGUUAAUCUGACAAAAUGAAGUGUUUCUUCGAGCAUUUGUUUUGAAUCCUAUAUGCCACAGUUGUGCCCAUGCCUUGUGGUGUGAACAGAAUGGGAUGACCUUAUGUCUUGCAGAUGCAAUCUUAUGUGUUUCACCUGGAAAUCACCUUAUAAUCAAUAGUCAUAACUGUUAGACAUAGCCUUGAUAUUUAAAUGGGUUGCUACUUGCUGGCUUGCAUGUCAUGAUGGAGGUUUUGUUAGGUGUGUGGACAUUUAUGAUGGUGUUCCUGAAUGGAAUAAAAACUAUUAUGCCUGGGUCUACCUGCUUGAGAACAUGCAGUUGACCCAGCUGUCAAAUUGGGCACUUGAUCCCAUAGAGGGUGGAGGAAGGAAAGGCAGUGAGGGGGAGGAGACGACCUUCACAUUUUUGUCUGUCUUUGCUUUGUAAGACUUUAACUCUUCACAGUUAACAAUUUCUUUCUUAACCACUCAGUAAAUGUGGUUUUUCGACUGUUAAAGAGUUAGAACUCUUAAACCAGAACUGUUAAAGAGUUAAAUGUUGCAGUCAAAUGUCGAUAUUCCUUUCCACUGACAUCAUGUCCCAAAUACAUUUCAGUUAAGACUGAAUAUCAAUAAAUAUCAAUAAAUAUCUAGCUACUUUAGGAGGUGGCAAGAUUAUGGUUUCCAACACUAUCAUUUUGUGUGGGGUAGCAAUUACUUCAAGUUUUGUGGUACAAACCCAGAAGUAAUUAACUUAAUAAUAAUUAUGCCAUUUUUUGAGAUUCCACAGUAUUUGUCAAUAAUAGAUCCUCACUGUAAAAUGCUAUUUAAUCAGCAUUGCUACUUUUUCAUUUUUUAGCCAAGCCAAAAUGAUCAAGAAUGCAAAAAAAUUUGAAAUUAGGCUUUGGUAACUUCUUUAUAUGAUACCUGAAGAAAUGACAAUGACUAUUGCAGAUUGUAACAAUGUUUUUGGCAUGACCAUUUAUAAAAUAAAGUAUGGUAAGCCAACACCUC